CUACUAGGUACAUUCAUAUACCACAAUUACGUCCAAGCACUUGACUCUAUCCGGACAAAUGAAGACUUCCUCCAUCAAUUUCCCAUGUCGCCUGAUGAUUUUGAGGCUGAUUUAUCAGAUGAGUGUCUCUACCUUCAAACUGCAGCAAGUAAGUGCAAAGAGGAUUCAGUCGAGAUUGACUAUGUAAAGGUACUACUUGAAUUGGAGGAUGCUGAGUAUGUAUUGUGUUCAUGUCUUGCAGACUCGCUAACAAUUUCAUAG